CACACAACAUUGAUAUCGAGAGCAUUUUUCUUUGUAAACAGUCGAUCUCACAGAAAUGUAUCUGUAAGACAAAAGACAAGCACUUCGUUUACGUUAUAUUUGUUUUCUACGUAUCUGAAGCACUGGAACAUCUUGAAAAGGUUUCGAGUAUUUCUUCAGAAAUUCAUCGUUUCAACAUACUAAAAGAGUUCUGUAUCUAGUAAAAACGCAAAUAUGAACUUACCUCUUUAAACUUCUCUACUAUUGGAAGCUCUUUUUAAUGACGAUAUCUAGACUUUAUUCUCCUCUGCAAAUUUUGCAUCUAAUUUAACUACAAUAUAGAUAAUAACCAUUGCAAUUGAUCUUUCUUGGGAUUUCUUUUUUUGUAGAAACUGCAGAGCAAGCCUAUCGGGUUAAUUCAAUUGCAAGUUUUAGAACAAACAUGUUAAAUGCUAAUGGAAUUGAAUUAUUUGGAGACGAUGCUGAACAGCUCAUUAAACAUGUCACUACUAUGGAAGAAGACGUAGACAUCCACUCAGAUGAUGAAGCCAAAGAGUUUGUUUUNGCAAUUUGUCUUGAGAAUGAUUUUGACUAUGAAAUAUUGAUUAAUCGAUGGAUUGCAAGAAAAGCAAAUUGGAAAUUACCACUUUUACGAACAAUUUACAUUUUACCAGAAGCUUUAAACAAGAUUGGUGAUUUACUUUGUGAUCAGAAGUUUGUACAGAUUGUUCAAACACAACUUCAGUAUCUUUAUCUUGUUUUUGAUCAAGCAGAUUCUACAUAUGAUUAUAUUUUGUCGCUCAUAGUGGAAAAACGUAUUUCAUGUCCAGUUAUGAUAUUAGAAGUAACGAAAGGACAUUUAUAUCAAGAUUGGGAACGUGAAGAUUUAUACGACAUAAAAUAUCCGCUAUGUUUGACACGUACCGUUCGACUUACUAUUAGUCUGCAACAUUCAUCUGAGCUUACUCUUCUCUUAGUGUCCAAGGCAUUACCGUUACUCGAAUAUUUGAGUGUAACUAUCGAACAACCACGAGUUGAUCUAAUAAUUAAGAGGAAACAACCAACAAAAUCUAUUAAAUUAUGUGAAAAUGACCUUUGUUAUGCCAAUGCUACUGGAACAAAACUUCGAUCAUUCGUGUUACGCCAAAUACAGCUCGAGGAUCUUUUGACUUUAUUCAACACACUGAGCUUUCCUCGUCUCGACACACUUAUAUUGGUUGAUAUAUUUGAUGAAUCUUUAGAUAAUUUGUUAGUUUUUCAACAGUUAGUUGGUCCUUCAAAUUUACCUUCUCUUAAACGAAAUCAAUUUCAAUUUCUACUUCGAUUUCCUGCUAAAUAUGAAUAUGAAUGGAUCCAAAGAUAUAAUAAUAGCAAUGGAUGGUUAUUUGAUGAUGUUGGCUUUCAUAUAGACGAACGUAUUGCAGAGCGGUCUUGUUCAUCUCCAUUAGCUUCAAUUGAAGAUUCACUUGUUAUCUACAGCAUUCCUUUUGAUGUAUUGAAAUAUAUGCGUACUGUGCACAACUAUGAACUUUUCUGUCGUCAUUCAACGACAAGUCGGAGAAACUCUAUUCGUCGCAACAUGGAAUGGUUAUGUAAAUGGACAAACAAGAAAGUUCCAUUAAUUGAAAGUCUUCAAACAGUGGGAAACGUCAAGUCGCUUCAUUGCGACUUUUUCGCAAUGAAUAGCCAGGUACGCAUCAACAUAACUCCAUCAGAUACCAAUCUAUGCCGCAAUCUUCAUUCGUUGACAUUUCGAUUAACAGAUGUUAUCGGUGUCGACUCAAUGCAACAUUCACUGCUACAAUUAAUUCUGGAUGUAUCACCUCAUCUGUCCUAUCUCAAUGUGCGAUGGAGAGAUCUUUCUUUUUGUUCGGGAAAAUAUCCAAUGAUCGAGCAUGUUCAUCUCAUGCUUGGAUGGGAUGGUGUACGUUUCGAUGUGAUUCGAUUUCAUGCAAUCAUACCCAAAGUGCGUUAUCUUACUUUUGAUGGUAAACAGUUGGUUAGAAGAAAAGAUAUGGUAGCUUUUCUAUGUCAAUUAUUGAUGGAUAAAUCCUAUUUUUGUGAAUUAUUAUUGUUACAAAUAAACAAAAAUGGCAAUGUCCAACUUAGACCACGUGAAAAAGAAAAUACCAAAGAAGAAAUUGUAGCGAAGAUUGAUCGUCUAAAAGAUUCAACUGCUGCUCAGAUUGAAUUUUCUUAUCAUAACAUGCUGACCAUUUGGCUUCACUAA